AUGCCUGUGGGCAGCGGGGUAGAACCCCAGGCGGCUGCGUUUGAAAGUCUGCAGCCGCCCUGGCUGGGCUCGAAACCUCCACAUACACAAUCUACGCGAGAUGACUUAGAAGCUGUUAUGACAGAACAGAAACUGGAGUUGGAGAGCGCCCAGAGACAACGUUUAGCUCGUUUGGAGGAGCGAGCGCGAAACCAGGAUAAGGUUAUCGCUCGGUUACAGAGAGAGCUCUAUGAAGCUCGAAGGCUUAUUGAGGAAAGAAAAACCAGUCCAACACUGGUGGACGCAAUCCGGGUACCCGCAGGUGUUCAAACGACAACGUCCAGCGCCGGCAAACAACACGACGUCGCAUCGCUCGCGCUGCAACUUGAGGCGGCCAAAGAGGCACUCGCAGCUGAGCAGAGAAAUAGGCAGGAAACUGAGAGGCUCAGUGAACGAUUGGCGAAAUCUUUUGACUCGUAUCUGCAGGAGAUGGAGCGACGUCAGCGCGCUCAGGAGCAGGAAUACCGUCGCCAGGAGAUGCACCUUCGAGGAGAGCUUCGGCGUUGCAACAUGGCAAAGGCGCACCUGGAGGAGCAGCUCGAGCUGGAAAAAGAGUCACUCCGUGCGGCCCAGCAGGAACUCCGUGGGCUGCGCUCCAGGGUGGAAGGCACCAUAGAGGACAUGAAGGCUCGCCAGCUGCAACUGGAAGAGGGAAAGCGGGAGCUCGAGCGAAAUCUGAAUAAACUCUCCGAUCAGCUUGAGAAAGAGCGCACUCUCUUUCAAAGCGAGCGCGAACGUUUUCAACAGGCGUCCCGUGAGGCGUACACGAUGCUGAGCGAAUCCGCCGCCCGGAGUGAUGAACUCGAAAAACGACUCGCUGAGACUCAAGCGCAAAUGCAACAGCUUCGAAUCGAAUUCGGCAGUCAGUUGCAGGCUGAGGUAGCACGCUCUGCUGCACUUGAGCGCGACCUUGACAGAUAUCGCCAGCGAAAUCGACAGUUCGAAGACCGUAUUGACGAGCUACUUACCGUGAAUCAGAAACAGGCGGAGGAACGCGCCUCCCUUCGGGCGGAAAUACGACGACUGACCGACGAACUGGUACGUGUUCAAGCACGCAGCACAUUCGCUGAACGACGCCUUCAAGAUCUGCUUCUGGAUGCAUCAAGCCCGCAAACGGAGGCAAACCUGCUCCCGGGAGAUACAGGUGACGUCCCGACGCCAUUGUCGGGCAGCAUCAUGAAAAAAACGUCUCCCUCAAGCGUCCACAAGCUUCAGAACAUCGAAUCGUCCCUUCGUGGCAUUUCCGAAGAAAAUGCAGCGUUCCGAGCCAAGGUUCGCGCCUAUCUGGACAAGCGAACUCCCGAGCCGCGCAGUCGUUCACUCGCUGAUGAUACGCAUACAAGAUCUCAGAAGGGAACGCCUCCAUAG